AUGCGAUUCUCUACGUCCGCCCUUCUGGUCACCGCGCUGGGGUGGAUCACCGCCACGACCGCACACACCAUCCAGCUCAAGUCUCACUCGCGAGAAUGCUUCCACGAGGACCUGCACAAGGACGAUUUGAUGACCGUCACCUUCCAGGUGGGCGAUCGAGAGUUUGGAGGCAGUGGAAAUCUGGACAUUGAUUUCUGGGUCGAGGACCCCGCGCAAAGACGCCAGUACUACAAGCAAGCCAUCUCAUCGGAGGACUACUCUUUCACCGCGCGCACCGACGGCCGAUACUCCUACUGCUUCAGCAAUGAGGGCUGGACCUCCAACUCGAAGGAGGUCUCGUUCAACGUCCACGGCAUUGUCUACGUGCCGGAGUCGGAAAUGAACCAGGAUCCCCUGGAGAUCGAAGUCCGCCGUCUUUCCGAGAACCUGGCGCAGGUGCGUGAUGAGCAGUCGUACAUUGUUGUCCGGGAGCGCGUGCACCGGAAUACCGCCGAGAGCACCAACGGCCGUGUAAAGUGGUGGAGUCUCUUCCAGCUCGUGGUGGUGAUUGGCGAGGGCAUUUUCCAGGUCUGGUGGCUGAAGCGGUUCUUCGAGGUGAGUUGA